AUGGAACGUUCUGAGUCACAGCGACUUGGGGGCGAACAAAGCUGGUGGGGCAGUGCCCCCCAGUACCAUUAUAUGCCCUUUGAACACUGCACCAGCUAUGGACUGCCCUCUGAGAAUGGGAGCCUUCAGCACAGGCUCCGAAAGGAUGCAAGCUCCCGACCCAACGCCCACCCCACGCAGAUCUAUGGGCAUCACAAAGAACAAUUCUCAGACAAGGAGCAGGACAUGAGGAUGCCCAAGCAGAUGGGCUCAAGUGAAACCAUGGACAGCAAGGAUGAGGAUCAAUAUUCCAAAUGUCAAGAUUGUCUCCACCACCUGGGAAACAUUGUAAGAAGAAAACUAGGGGAAGACUGGAUCUUUCUGGUGCUUCUGGGACUACUUAUGGCUCUGGUUAGCUGGAGCAUGGAUUAUGUCAGUGCCAAAAGCCUUCAGGCCUACAAGUGGACCUACUAUCAGAUGCAGCCAAGCCUUCCUCUGCAGUUCCUGGCCUGGGUCACCUUCCCACUUAUCCUCAUCCUCUUCAGUGCCCUCUUUUGCCACCUCAUCUCUCCACAGGCCGUUGGCUCUGGAAUCCCUGAAAUGAAGACAAUACUUCGUGGGGUUGUCCUGAAGGAGUAUCUCACCCUCAAAGCGUUUGUGGCCAAGGUUGUUGCGCUGACUGCUGGGCUGGGCAGUGGCAUCCCUGUGGGCAAAGAGGGCCCAUUUGUACACAUUGCCAGCAUCUGUGCUGCUGUCCUCAGCAAGUUUAUGUCCGUGUUCUGUGGGGUAUAUGAGCAGCCAUAUUAUUACACUGAUAUCCUGACAGUGGGCUGUGCUGUAGGAGUCGGCUGUUGUUUUGGGACGCCACUUGGAGGAGUGCUAUUUAGCAUCGAGGUCACUUCUACCUAUUUUGCCGUUCGGAACUACUGGCGGGGAUUCUUUGCAGCCACGUUCAGCGCCUUUGUUUUCCGUGUGCUAGCAGUGUGGAACAAGGAUGCUGUCACCAUCACUGCUCUGUUCAGAACAAAUUUCCGCAUGGAUUUCCCCUUUGACCUGCAGGAACUCCCAGCCUUUGCUGUCAUUGGGAUUUGUUGUGGAUUCCUGGGAGCUGUAUUUGUGUAUCUGCAUCGCCAGGUCAUGCUUGGUGUCCGAAAGCACAAGGUUCUCAGCCAGUUCCUUGCUAAGCACCGCCUGCUGUAUCCUGGAAUUGUUACCUUUGUCAUCGCCUCAUUUACCUUUCCACCAGGAAUGGGCCAAUUCAUGGCUGGAGAGCUGAUGCCUCGUGAAGCCAUCAGUACCCUGUUUGACAAUCAUACAUGGGUAAAACAUGUGGGUGACCCUGAAAGCCUGGGCCAGUCAGCUGUGUGGAUCCACCCACAAGUCAACGUUAUCGUCAUCAUCUUCCUCUUCUUUAUCAUGAAGUUUUGGAUGUCCAUCGUAGCUACCACUAUGCCCAUACCCUGCGGAGGCUUCAUGCCUGUGUUUGUGCUAGGAGCUGCAUUUGGAAGGCUGGUAGGAGAAAUCAUGGCCAUGCUGUUCCCUGAUGGCAUCUUGUUUGAUGGCAUCAUCUACAAGAUCCUACCUGGGGGCUAUGCAGUAAUCGGAGCAGCAGCACUGACUGGUGCAGUGUCCCACACAGUCUCCACAGCUGUGAUUUGCUUCGAAUUAACGGGUCAGAUUGCUCACAUCCUACCCAUGAUGGUGGCUGUUAUCUUGGCCAACAUGGUGGCUCAGAGCCUGCAGCCCUCCCUCUAUGACAGCAUCAUCCAGGUCAAGAAGCUACCCUACUUGCCUGACCUUGGUUGGAACCAGCUCAGCAAAUUUACAAUCUUUGUUGAGGACAUCAUGGUUCGUGAUGUGAAGUUUGUUUCAGCGUCUUGCACAUACGCGGAAUUGCAAACCCUGCUCCAGACCAUCACAGUCAAGACUUUACCACUGGUUGAUUCAAAAGAUUCCAUGAUCUUAUUGGGCUCUGUGGAACGGGCAGAACUACAGUCCCUCCUGCAGCGCCACCUGAGUCCUGAGCGGAGGUUGCGGGCAGCCCAGGACAUGGCAAGGAAGUUAUCAGAGUUGCCUUAUGAUGGGAAAGUGCGGCAGACUGGGAAGAGGCUCCACGGCAUCCACCCCCAGGGCCGACCAGAGUCCUUCACCUUCGUGGAUGAGGAUGAAGAUGAAGAUCUCUCUGGGAAGAUCGAGCUGCCUCCUCUUUCUCCUUCUUACCCCUUUCCUGCUGCUCCACUGUCCCCCGAGGAGCCCAAUGGGCCCCUGCCCAGCCACAGGCAGCAGCCAGAUGCACCAGAGCCUCAAGGUGAAAGAUUCUCUCUGCGCUUCUGGUCCCUGAUGCGCUGCUUGCUGGGCAGAGAUCACCCCACAAAGAAGAAGACAAUUCAGGACCCAACAGAUCUAGUGGAUAACAUGUCGCCUGAAGAGAUUGAGGCCUGGGAGCAGGAACAGCUGAGCCAGCCUGUCUGCUUUGAUUGCUGCUGUAUUGACCAGUCUCCCUUCCAGCUGGUGGAGCAGACAACCCUGCACAAGACUCACACGCUGUUCUCACUCCUCGGCCUCCAUCUUGCUUACGUGACCAGUAUGGGGAAGCUCAGGGGUGUCUUGGCGUUAGAAGAGCUACAGAAGGCCAUAGAGGGGCACACAAAGUCUGGGGUGCAGCUCCGCCCUCCCCUUGCCAGCUUCCGGAACACCACUUCAACUCAAAAGAGUCUUGGGGGACCCCCCCUUCCUGCGGAGGAUUGGAACCUGCCUGAGAAUGGAACUGGGGCCACUGGAGCAGGGAAUGUGGUUCCAGCCUCCCCAGAGACCCCAGUGCCUUCCCCCUCUCCAGAGCCCCCUCUAUCCCUGGCUUCAGCCAGGGGCGAGGGGGAGCUGGAAGAGCUGGAGCUGGUGGAGAGUCCAGGGCCAGAAGAGGAGCUGGCUGACAUCUUGCAGGGCCCCAGUCUGCGAUCCACUGAUGAGGAGGAUGAGGAUGAACUGAUCCUUUGACCAUCUCCCCUGAACCUCCUCUUAAAGACUGUCUAGAGGCCUUAUGUCUGAGGGUGAAUUUUUGUGGGAAAGAAUCCUGAAGUUGGAGAGAUCACUUGAAUAUCUUGGCUCUUCCUGGGUAUUUUAAAACGUGAUACUGAUCGCCUUAGAGCAGGAGUCAGAAUUUGGGCAGGGAGUAGCUUUGUUCAAUUAUUUAGCCCCCUUUCUCCCAGACAUGUGGUUCUGAUGCCAGCGAAGGGCCCCUGAUAUUCCAUGGGGCUUCCUGACUUUUCCUGUUCUGUGGUGGAGUGAGAAACACCCUAUCUCUGCCUCCCUGCAACAUCCUCUCUCCCCUAAUUCCCCACUUGUCCCAAUGGCUUCCAGGCUUUGCCUAUCUGUCCUACAGUUACCAUAAAGGUUGUGUGAAGAGAGACCCAGAAUGACUGUGGUCUGCAAGUGCCAUAUAGGAGGAAAUGGGACUGCCUCAUGGCCUCUUCUGAUAGCCCCAGAAGAAGCCUGCAAACCAUCCGCAAGCAGCCUCUCCCAAAGUCUCCCCGACCUCCCACUUGCCCCACAUCCACUCCCCACAGUUCUCCUACAGACUCCUUCCUGUCUCCCACAAUUUGUCCCCAAGUCAGGGCCAUUACUAAGGCAGUAAAAGGCCACAUUUCCCCCUCCUUUGUCCCUUUUAAAGCAAUGAAGUGUGGAUAAAACAACUAUCAAGGGAGGUGCCUAAAAGAAAACAGGUCACCAAAAAGCUCUAUGUGGAAGGGGGCAGGUGCCUUGCUGCCAAGCAGU